AUGGGUAAAUUUGACUGGUUAAGUGGUAGAACAGCCACUGGUGGUUUAAGAGGUAAAAAAUUAAGAAUAGCAGUUACUGUUAUUGCAACAACUGGAUUUUCAUUAUUUGGUUAUGAUCAAGGUUUAAUGUCAGGUUUAAUUUCUGGUGAACAAUUUAAUUGGGAAUUUCCACCAACUAAAGGUAAUCCAACAAUUCAAGGUGCAGUUACUGCUUGUUAUGAGUUAGGUUGUUUUUUUGGUGCUAUAUUUGCUUUAGUUAGAGGUGAUAAAAUUGGUAGAAAACCACUUAUUGUAAUGGGAUCAAUAAUUAUUAUUAUUGGUACAAUUAUUUCAGUUACUGCAAUUAAACCAUAUUGGCAAACAGGUCAAUUUGUUAUUGGUAGAGUUGUUACUGGUAUUGGUAAUGGUAUGAAUACUGCAACUAUUCCAGUUUGGCAAUCAGAAAUGUCAAGAGCUGAAAAUAGAGGGUUUUUAGUUACUUUAGAAGGUGCAGUUGUUGCAUUUGGUACUUUUAUUGCUUAUUGGCUUGAUUUUGGAUUUUCUUAUAUUAAUUCAUCAGUUCAAUGGAGAUUUCCAGUUGCUUUUCAAAUAUUAUUUGCAAUGAUUUUAUUUGGUGGUAUUAUUAAUUUACCUGAAAGUCCUAGAUGGCUUAUAGCUCAUGAUAGAAAAGCAGAAGCUUAUGAAGUAUUGGGUUAUUUAAAUGAUGUCAGUCCAGAUGAUGAUAGUGUUAUUGCAGAAGCUUCAGUUAUUAUUGAUGCAGUUAAAAGAUUUGCUAAUGCACAAACUGGUUUCAAAGAUUUAUUUACUGGUGGUAAAACUCAACAUUUCCAAAGAAUGAUUAUUGGUUCAAGUACUCAAUUUUUCCAACAAUUUACUGGUUGUAAUGCAGCAAUUUAUUAUUCAACUUUAUUAUUUUAUCAAACUAUUUUCAAUUAUAGUAAAUAUAGGUUAUCAUUAAUUUUAGGUGGUGUUUUUGCAACUAUUUAUGCAAUUUCAACUAUUCCUGCAUUCUUUUUAGUUGAUACUUUAGGUAGAAGAAAAUUAUUUUUAAUUGGUGCUAUUGGUCAAGGUAUUUCUUUCACUAUUUCAUUUGCAUGUUUAAUUAAAGAUACUGAACAAAAUGCUAAAGGUGCAGCAGUUGGUAUUUUCUUAUUUAUUGUAUUUUUUGCAUUUACAAUCUUACCAUUACCAUGGGUAUAUCCACCAGAAAUUAAUCCUUUAAGAACAAGAACUACAGCAUCAGCAGUAUCAACAUGUACUAAUUGGUUAACUAAUUUCGCAGUUGUCAUGUUUACACCAGCUUUUAUUGAAAAGUCAGGUUGGGGAUGUUAUUUAUUUUUUGCAUGUAUGAAUUUUGCUUUUGUACCAGUUAUUUUCUUCUUUUAUGUUGAAACUAAAGGUAGAUCUUUAGAAGAAAUUGAUAUUAUAUUUGCAAAAGCUUAUGUUGAAAAAAGACAACCAUGGAGAGUUGCUGCAACAAUGCCAAAAUUAUCAUUACAAGAAAUUGAUGAUCAAGCUAAAGAUUUAGGAUUAUAUGAUGAUGAUUUUGAAAAAGAUAAUUUUGAAACUAAAGAAGAUAUAAGUGAUUCUACAAGUGCUGAAAAUAAUGGAGUUUUUGAAAGAAAACCAACUAAUAUAGAAGAAGAAGUUUAA